AUGGUUACCAAGGACACUUUGGUUUCAAUAGCUAAUAAGACCUGCACCAUAUUGCUUGCCUUGCUGUUAUUUCUUGGUCUAGUUUGGGGUUAUAUAGCUGGAUUUCAGCUCCUUCAUGGACGAAAAACAACAUUGCUUGGUAUUUACGGAUCCCUGAUCAUCAGCCACUUCUUCUUUCAAACAAUGUUUGCCCUGUUUGAGCGUAACAAGAUGAAAAAUGACAUUCCUCAGUGCUGCAGUGCUAAGUCAGUGGCCAUAACCAUAUCUGCUUAUCAAGAAGAUCCUUUCUACCUGCAACAGUGCCUUAAAUGUGUGAAGAAAAUAGCGUACCCAAUCCAGAAUUUGAAAAUUAUAAUGGUCAUUGAUGGGAACUCAAUAGAAGAUCAAUACAUGAUGGACAUAUUCAAAGAGAUUUUCUACAUGGAAGAUAUUGGGACAUAUGUAUGGCAGGGCAACUAUCAUUCUAGAAAUUUUGAUAGAAGUAUAUGGAAUAAAGAAGAAGAUAACAGCCAAACAUCACAAAGAGAUCCUGUUAAUCUGUUUUAUGGGGAGGCAAGUGUUGGAAAUCCAGAGAGAUUGGAGGUCGAAUCACUAAUCCGCACUAAACGUUGUGUUUGCAUCAUGCAAAAAAGGGGAGGAAAGAGAGAAGUACUGUACACGGCCUUCAAAGCUAUUGCUGACACAGUGGAUUACAUUCAGGUCUGUGAUUCUGACACAAGCCUUGACUCGCAAGCAACUGCAGAACUGGUUAAAGUAUUAGAUUCAAAUGAAAGUUAUGGAGCAGUCGGAGGUGAAGUGCGAAUUUUAAAUGCCACUGACUCAUUCGUAAGCUUCAUUAGAAGCCUGCAUUACUGGACCGUGUUCAAUUUGGGACGAGCCUGCCAAUCUUACUUUAACUGUGUCUCUUGCAUCAGUGGACCUUUAGGGAUGUACAGGAAUAAUUUGGUCCAACAAUUACUUGAGCCCUGGUACAACCAGAGAUUCCUUGGAGUCCGGUGCACAUUUGGCGAUGAUCGUCACCUAACUAAUAGGGUGCUCAGUCUGGGCUAUUCCACCAAAUAUACAUCCAAGGCUUGGUGCUAUACAGAAACUCCAGUUCCAUAUCUACAUUGGCUCAAUCAACAAAUACGUUCAACCAAGUCAUCUAUCAUUAACUGGUUCUUCAGUUCUCUUUUCUGGUAUAAGCACCGUCUGUGGAUGACAUAUGAGGCAAUGAUUAUGGCUCUGUUGCCGUUCUACAUUUCUCUGACCACCAUUAAGUUAUUUUACUAUGGGUGCCUUUGGAACAUUCUAUGGAUGUUCCUUUGCUUCCAUGGGUUUGCAAUCAUUAGAGCAAUCAUUGCCUCUUAUAUAAAGGGAAGUCCAGUGAUGAUCUACUUAUCUCUGCUUCCAUUCUUUUAUAUGAGUGGGUUACUGCCAAUCAAAUGCUUUUCUCUUCUUACCAUUACCAAUACCAGCUGGGGAACAUCUGGAUACAAAGAGGGAGUCAAGAACUACAUUCCACUGUUUCCAGUCUUUGUUUGGGGCAUUAUCCUCUGUGUGGGUUUGGUUCGGACAAUCAUCACAGAGAGUGAAGGUAAAUGGAGUCACCUUGAGCAGGGUUCAGAACAAUAUUAUGUUUUAUACAGUUCACUGACAUUAUUUUUAUUUUAUACAGUGCUGAUUGCAAUUUACCAUCUGUGGUCAUGUCAUCGAUAUAGAAGGAACGCUCUAAAAACAUAUUGUGUUGAAGUGUAG